UUUCGAACGCUCGCGUUGUGAGUGGUGGAGUGUAAGAAGCAGCGAGCGACCAGGAAGCAUGAGCAAGAACACGGGCCCGGACCUCAAGAAGUACAUGGACAAGACGCUCUGCAUCAAGCUCAAUGGCAGCCGCAAGGUCUCGGGCGUCCUGCGUGGCUUCGACCAGUUCAUGAACAUCACGCUGGAAGAGGCCAUCGAGGAGGUCUCGACGACCGAGGCCAACAAGCUCGGCAUGGUCGUCAUCCGCGGCAACAGCAUCGUCCAGUUCGAAUGCCUCGACCGUAUGUAAGCGUAAGGCGACUGAUUAAUGCAGCACACGUUAUGUAUUCAUCCACCGUCGACACACGGUCCUAGAUCUGGUCUUCAAACUGCG